UGUAUUGUACGCAUGUAGCGUGCCGGCCCGCCUUAACCCACCUACUCAUAGCUGGCAACCAUGGUUAACUAACUGACCAUGGUUAGAGUCCCCAACUUUUGGCUAUAAAAAUAGUGGUUUAGGUUUUGAGUCUGACCAUUGAGCGGGAUCUGGUUGGAGGCGUCUUUGCUAACGCCUACCUUUCCUUCCCAUUUCUGCAUUUUCUCUCUCUACCCUCUUCUCUCUCUAAACUCGCUUUCUAACUCUCUUUUCAAGAUGAGAGAGUGCAUCUCCAUUCACAUUGGCCAGGCCGGUAUUCAGGUUGGCAAUGCAUGUUGGGAACUUUACUGCCUUGAGCAUGGCAUCCAGCCUGAUGGUCAGAUGCCAAGUGACAAGACCGUUGGAGGAGGAGAUGAUGCUUUCAACACAUUCUUCAGUGAGACUGGUGCUGGAAAGCAUGUCCCUCGUGCUGUGUUUGUAGAUCUAGAACCUACAGUCAUUGAUGAAGUGAGGACUGGAACUUAUCGCCAGCUCUUCCACCCUGAACAACUCAUCAGUGGCAAAGAGGAUGCUGCCAACAACUUUGCUCGUGGCCACUACACAAUUGGUAAAGAGAUUGUGGAUCUCUGUCUUGAUCGCAUCCGCAAGCUAGCUGACAACUGCACUGGUCUCCAGGGCUUCCUGGUGUUCAAUGCUGUUGGAGGUGGUACUGGUUCUGGUCUUGGCUCUCUUCUCCUUGAACGCCUCUCUGUGGACUAUGGCAAGAAGUCAAAGCUCGGCUUCACUGUCUAUCCUUCACCUCAGGUCUCCACAUCUGUUGUGGAGCCUUACAACAGUGUGCUCUCUACCCACUCCCUCUUGGAGCACACUGAUGUUGCUGUGCUCCUGGACAAUGAGGCUAUUUAUGACAUUUGCCGGCGCUCCCUUGAUAUCGAGCGUCCUACCUACACCAACCUUAACCGCCUUGUCUCUCAGGUCAUUUCAUCCCUUACUGCAUCCCUCCGAUUCGAUGGAGCCCUGAACGUGGAUGUGACUGAGUUCCAGACCAACCUGGUUCCCUACCCUCGCAUCCAUUUCAUGUUGUCGUCUUAUGCCCCAGUAAUCUCUGCUGAGAAGGCAUACCACGAACAGCUCUCUGUGGCUGAGAUCACUAACAGUGCAUUUGAGCCUUCCUCUAUGAUGGCCAAGUGUGACCCACGCCAUGGCAAAUACAUGGCCUGCUGCCUCAUGUAUCGAGGUGAUGUCGUUCCCAAAGACGUCAAUGCAGCUGUUGCUACCAUCAAAACAAAGAGGACCAUUCAAUUCGUUGAUUGGUGCCCGACUGGUUUCAAGUGUGGUAUCAAUUACCAGCCUCCCACUGUUGUUCCUGGAGGUGAUUUGGCCAAGGUUCAGAGAGCAGUGUGCAUGAUCUCCAACUCCACAAGUGUGGCUGAGGUGUUUUCCAGAAUCGACCACAAGUUUGAUCUCAUGUAUGCAAAGAGGGCUUUUGUGCAUUGGUAUGUGGGUGAGGGAAUGGAAGAGGGUGAGUUCUCUGAGGCGAGGGAGGAUCUGGCAGCACUUGAGAAGGAUUAUGAAGAGGUGGGUGCCGAGUCAGCCGAGGGCGAGGAUGGAGAUGAGGGGGAUGAGUAUUGAGUAUGAGAUAUGAUAGGUACUUCAUAGUCUCGUCUCUCCCAUUUUGCGGUAUUCUUGUUUUGGCUGUUCUUGUUUUGUCCAAGUGAUUGAGUGAUUAAGGGACCUGUGUCUCUCUAUGGUAAUAUCUUGGGUUUCAUUCUGCUUGUGUGUGUGGUUUUAGCUGUCCUCUGGUUCAGCAUUUGUUGGAACUUGGAACUGGUGUUAUGAUGAUGCAUAAGGAGUACUAGUGGUUUGUGUGUUUCC